GUGUGAUUUUGAUACAUAGAAAUAUACACACCCAACUCUUCUUCCUCAAAUCAAUUCAUCCGUCGCGAUGGUUGCUGCCGUCAUCAAGGCCGCCGUCGCCGAUGCCGCACUCACCUUUAUGUGGAUUUUCUGCGCCUCCUCGCUCGGCGCUGUCACCUUCGUCGUCGCCUCAGCUCUCGGCGUCGCCCCCGGCCUGCCCUCCCUUUUUAUCACCACUUUCCUCAUCUUUAUACUAUUGUUCGUUUUCGGCUUCAUCGGCGAUCUCCUCGGCGGCGCCUCCUUCAAUCCCACCGGCACUGCCGCCUUUUACGCGGCUGGCCUCGGUGGCGCUGACUCACUCAUCUCCGCCGCAGUCCGCUUUCCCGCUCAGGCAGCUGGUGCAGUGGGUGGUGCGGUGGCGAUUGUAGAAGUGAUGCCGGUGCAGUACAAGCACAUGCUCGGCGGUCCUUCUCUAAAGGUUGACACCAACACCGGGGCAAUUGCUGAGGGGGUUUUAACCUUUGUGAUCAGCUUGGCUGUGCUCUUCAUUAUCAUUAAGGGUCCUAGAAGCAUGAUUCUCAAGAACUGGAUGCUUGCUAUGUCUACUGUGUCUCUUGUCGUUGCAGGUUCCUCCUAUACAGGACCCUCCAUGAAUCCUGCUAAUGCAUUUGGGUGGGCUUAUGUAAACAAUACGCACGAUACUUGGGAGCAUUUUCUUGUGUACUGGAUCAGUCCCUUCAUCGGAGCAAUACUGGCCGCAUGGGUAUUCCGUUUUCUAUGUCCUCCACCUCCAAAGGAGAAGAAAGCUUGAAAGGGAUAUGGAAUCAUUGUUAGGAACACAUUUAAUUGCUUUUUACUAUGGCUAUUUAGUUAAUGGAAGUGCAACUCGUUUCUUUCAGAUUGCACUUAGUUGACAUUUUAGUACUUUUAAAUUAGUAGUUCGUUUCCUAGUCAAAUAAAUAUUCAAUUUGUGGUUGAUGAAUUAUGGUUUAUUAGUUUAUAUAAGGAAAAAAAAGUGUAUGGUUGCUUCCAA